AUGCUAUUCCAAUCAAAUCCCCAAUAUGCUAAGAAUAUGUAAGCUCUCUUUAUUUAAAUUAGAUUAGGAAAUCGUCAAAAAAGAUUUGAACAUACUAUGAAAUCCAUGCAAAAAAUUAAAACAUUUGUUGAUUUAACAAAAAGACUGCAAUUACUCAAUCCACUUCAAUUUAAAUAAGUUCAAAUCAUCAUUUCACAUUUAAAAUAAUAAGCUAAACUCAGAUAAUUCUUCAAAAAAGAAGAUGAUGAAAAAAACCAUAUUAUUGCAAUAUCUAAAUAAUUGGAAUUAGAAAUUGAUAUGCUUAACAACAUAGAAAAUGACGAAGAAAAGCAACAUCUAAUCCUUGAUAUUCUCUAACUAGAUUUCUCCCCGAAUGAAAUUGCAACUAUGGUACAAGAAUCCUCAAUGACACUUGAAACGCAUCAUAAUUUACAUAGAAUUUUAGAAACCAUCAAUAAACGUAAUCUAAGAUAACAAUCCAAAAAUCAAGUUCUUGAUUAAAUCAAUAACCUAAAUUUUUUAUAGGAGGUAAACAAUGAUUCCUCCGAUUUCUAUAAAGAGACUAUCAAGAGUUUCAAUUAAAAACGACAUCAAUAACAAAAUAAUGAAUUAUCAGUUAAUGAGAAGUUUGAACUUCUAAAGAAGUAUCUACUACAAAAAGGGAUAUAAAUAGAAAAGAAGGAAAAAGUACCUCAUUAAGAAUACUCAAAAUUUUAUGCCUAAUAAGCUAACAAAUUAAUCAAAUCAACAAAACUCAAAUAACUCAAAUAAAUUCAUGUCCCUAGUCCAAAAUCAGCAUCCAUCUCACCUGAAUUAUUACACCCUUAAUUAUAUCACACAAAUCAGCAUUUAAGAAAAAUAGAAAAAUUAGAUAGCAAUUAUCAAACUAGCAACAAUGUCUCUUCAACUACACUUAAUACUCCUCAUCUCACUCCAAGUAAAUUGCUAAAAUAAAAAUCUGAAGAUUUCUUAUCGUUUUAAUAAUAAAGCUACACUGAAAGGAUGAUUGCUCCUAAGAGAAAGAGCGAUCAUUAAGUGAUAUCAACCUCAAGAAAUAUUUUAGUCAGUCCAAAUGAAAAUGAAAAAGAGGAUCAACCUAUAAAACUGAUUUAAGCAUAACCUUAAGUCAGUUAUUUUCAUAAAAGCAUAGAUCAACUUAGAGAAUUUCAAGCAAACACUAAAGCAGUUCAAACAUUUUUUAGAAUGGAAAACAAAGAUUCCCUUCAUACCAUGAGAGAAAUGGAAAAAAUUUUAAAAAAACCACUUAAAUAACAUUUCAAUGAGUUUAUGAGUGUUCAUUAAGAAGAAAACGAUGGAACUGAUUGUCUAGGUAAAAGAAAAAAUAAUAUGAAAAGAAAUAUAAGAUUGAAUAAGAUUUUUAAAUCUGAAUUAGAAUGA